AUGAAUGAGUACUUCGAGAAGGGUUAUGCUCACCUAGUGCCAAGUGAGGAGGUAAAGAAACCCAAGGAAGUGUUCUAUCUGCCGCACUCAGCAGUAAUUAGAGAAGAAUCUCUGUCCACGUCUGUUCGCAUAGUAUUCAAUGCAUCCGCAGUAUAUAAAGGGGCCUCCUUGAACGAAUCUACCUUGGUGGGCCCAAAACUACAGAAGGACAUUUUGGAUAUUCUGAUCAAAAUGCGAUCAAAACCAGUGGUCAUUGCUGGAGACAUUUCUAAAAUGUUUCUCCAGAUACAACUGGCUUCAACAGAUCGGGAUUAUGUCCGGUUCUUGUGGCGGAAGGACAAGAGUCAAGCAGUGCAAGUCUGCCGAUUCUCUAGUCUAGUUUUCGGCUUGGCCUGUUCACCAUACCUUGCUAACGCAGUGAUCCAGGAUCUAGCUAAUAGGCAUGGCAGUUCCCAUCCCAUGGCCAGUCAAACCUUGAAAAACGACAUUUAUGUCGACGAUGUGUUCAUCUUUGCUGAAUCCUCAAUGCAAGCCCUGGCCAAGCUUGACCAAGUCAAUGAAGUGCUUCAAGAGGGAAGCUUCACACUCACAAAGUUCUACUCCAAUAGCUUAGAGGUGUGCAACGCAAUACCGGAGGAGAAACUUAACCCAAAAGCUCUCCUACACCUCCAGCCAGAUGAACAAAAGGCAAAGGCCCUGGGCGUGUCCUUCCACACCAGCACAGAUGAGUUAGUCUAUCAUUUCCAUUCGGUAGCCAUUAAGUGGGACCCCAAUGCCGUUUAA